GCUGAGACACUUGGAUCUUACAUUGGAUUGGCAAGUAUAAUAGAAAAUUCCCUCACUAAGAUGGUGUUUUUUUAUUUAUUUUCUGCUAAACCAUUUUCACUGCUAGCUGUGUCCAUUACUAGAGGAAGUGUUUCGACUUCCAACUGUGCCAUUACUAAAAUCUCUUCCCAUUAAUGUUAGACAAAAGCUCACAGUCUUCGAGGAAGACACCAUGUGGAAGCCGUAACUGCAUCUACUCCAGGUCCCCCCACCACACCAAAUCCCUAAGCUUCUCAACAUAAAUGCAAAAUAUUCACUGCACUAUCGUUCACUAGUUGGUGUUUCAUCGGGAAGGAAAAACUUUCAUAGCAAACUUUUCGAAUUGCCUGUUCAAUAGCGUUUUUAAGUCCUAUAUAGCUUCUUCUAAAGGGGUCAAGCAAGAAUCUCUUUAACCUCUCUUCCUGCUUAUCUCCAAAUAUCAGUUUAUUAUUUGACUCUGUGUUUUCUUUGUUUCUGCGUAGUGGGUAGUUUUGAACCUGUUCCAAAGCUCAGCAUUUACAGAUUCCUUUUUAUGGAUUUGAGGUAAAUUCUUGAGUCAUUGUAACUGAGUCACGUGCAGUUUUUAACAAAACCAUACAAAAAUCCAACAGUUCAUGCUGAAGUUGUGCCAACUUAUUUUCAUCCUUCACAGGUUACUGUCUGCUUCAACUCUGUUUUAAUUCACUAGCAAGUUCUCUUGGUAAUCAGUAUCUCUUUUAUCUGUUGCUUUCAGAUGCUUGAAAGCUUCAUAAAGUGUGUGGAGUGAUAAGAGAGUUCUUCCAUGGGGCACUGUAGUUUGUUUCUUCUGUCAUGUCUUCUGUGGAGUUUUCUCAUUACUGGUACUCAUCAAUUACAAUCCUCACAAACACAAGUCCUUCUUCAGAUAAGGAAGCAUUUAGAGUAUCCAAGUCAACUAGAAAUUUGGAAUAAUCAUGGAAUGGAUUUAUGCUAUUUAUCUCCAUCCACACAAGUUAAUAUGACAUGCCAGAACAAUGUUGUCACCGAGCUUAGAAUUAUGGGAGACAAGCCAGCCAAGGUCAAUAACUUCGUGGGAUUUGCAAUUCCAAAUCAAACUUUAUCAGGAAGCUUCUCUAUGGAUUCUUUUGUGACCACUCUUUCAAGGCUAACCAGCUUGAGAGUUCUUAGUCUUGUGUCUUUAGGCAUUUGGGGUCCCCUUCCAGACAAAAUUCAUAGGUUGUCUUCACUUGAAUAUUUGGAUUUGAGUUCAAAUAAUCUCUUUGGUUCCAUCCCCCCUAAGAUUUCUACAAUGGUGAAACUUCAAACUCUUAACCUUGACGACAAUUUCUUCAAAGGUACAGUCCCGAAUUGGUUCGAUUCAUUGUCUAAUCUGACAAUUCUAAGCAUAAGGAACAACCAGUUGAAAGGUGCAUUUCCAUCUUCAAUCCAGAGAGUAACCACACUUGUUGAUCUUAUUCUUUCUGGCAAUGAUUUAUCCGGGAAGUUGCCGAAUCUUGACAGGUUAAGUAAACUGAAUGUGCUAGAUUUGAGUGGAAACAGUUUAGAUUCUGAUCUACCUUCAAUGCCUAAAGGGUUGGUCAUGGCUUUCCUUAGCAACAACUCCUUGUCUGGUGAGGUUCCAGGGCAAUAUAGCCAGCUGAGUCAGCUUCAGCAUUUUGAUAUGUCAUUCAAUAAACUAAGUGGAAAACUCCCUGCUUCCCUUCUCUCAUUGCCCAACAUCAGCUACUUGAAUUUGGCAUCAAAUAUGUUAAGUGGUUCACUUCCAGAUCAUCUAAACUGUGGCAGCAAACUCCAGCUUGUUGAUAUAUCUAAUAACAGAUUAACUGGUGGAUUGCCUUAUUGUUUGAGUACUGAAUCAGGAAAUAGAGUGGUAAAGUUUGGUGGAAAUUGCUUAUCUGUUGAUUUACGUCAUCAGCAUGCAGAAUCAUCUUGUAUAGAUGUUCCUGUAAAAAGGAAACCAUCUGGAGAGAAAAAAAUAGUAGUAUUAGUUGGUGUGAUUGCUGGUAUAUUUGUCAUUAUAGUUCUCCUGGCUUUCGGUCUUCUCAUGGUGUGCAAAAGAUAUUGCCCUCUAGGGAUAUCGGAGCAGCAUUUGUUGCACAAAGCAGCACAAGAGAAAUCAGUGACAGGAUUCUCCUCUGAGAUCCUCUCUAAUGCAAGCUUUAUUUCUGAGGCUGCAAAUUUGGGCAUACAAGGUCGCCCAGCUUGCCGAUCAUUCACAAUAGAAGAGUUAAAGGAAGCAACAAACAACUUUAAUAACUCUGCCAUUUUGGGCGAUGGUUCACAUGGAAAGCUUUACAGAGGAACGUUAGAGAAUGGAACCCAGGUUGCUAUAAGGUGCAUACCUUCAUCAAAGAAAUAUUCGAUGCGAAAUCUUAAACUCAGGCUGGACUUGCUUGCAAAGCUUCGCCACCCGCAUCUGGUUUGCCUUUUGGGACACUGCAUUGAUGGUGGGGAACAAGAUUACACUGUGAACAAAGUCUUUCUUGUAUACGAAUAUGUUUCUAACGGCAACUUCGGAGCUUAUCUCUCUGAGGACAGUCCUGGAAAGGUUCUAAAUUGGUCAGAGAGACUGGCAGUGCUAAUUAGUGUCGCAAAGGCUAUUCAUUUUUUGCAUACUGGAGUUAUUCCUGGUUUUUUUAACAAUCGAUUGAAGGCAAACAAUAUCCUGCUUGAUGAGUAUGGGAUAGCAAAGUUGAGUGACUAUGGACUUUCCAUCGUCUCUGAAGCAGCUGGAACUUGUGGGGAAAAUGGAGAAGGCCCUAAAUCAUGGCAAUUGGAAAGAUUAGAGGAUGAUGUUUGUAGCUUUGGCUUCAUAUUACUUGAAUCACUCGUUGGCCCUUCAGUAUCCGCCAGAAGAGACAAGUUUCUACUAGAUGAAUUGGCAUCUUGUAGCAGCCAAGAGGGGCGCCAAAAAUUGUUAAGCCCAAUUGUUCUGGCCACAUGCUCACAAGAAUCUUUAUCAACUGUGGUUACCAUAACGAACAAAUGCAUAUGUUCUGAAUCAUGGAGUCGUCCAUCAUUUGAGGACAUUCUUUGGAACUUGCAGUAUGCAGUUCAGGUCCAGGGAACAGCAGAUGGUGAACACCAUCGAUGAGUUGUAUAUCAGUUGCUCCAAGAGAUUGCCUCCCCAUCUUUCGUAUCCUCGCAGCAUGAGUUGCACAACACAAAUUUGAAGCUGUUUACCUCAAUCUGAGAAUCCAAAUACCAAUAUGCAUCGUCACUUUUUCCCACUUUCAAGAAUUGUAGCAUAUGAGUCUGUAUCCAUUGUAAAGACUAACCAAAGAUCAAUUAGCAAGGAAGAAAUUUACACAA